CCUAAGAAUCUAUGUUGGCGCGGGGGGCGGGGGGCCCUCCGCUCAGACCGCUGGGCGCCGACAUUUUUUCCUCGGAGGGCCCCCCCGCCCCCCUCGUUUUCUUUCCCCCCCCUCCCAAGAAGGCGACCGUGGUGGACAAGAAGAAUAACAAGACGGAGGAGAAGAAGGGGGCGGAGAAGGAGGCGGAGGCGGAGGACGACACGCUGGCUGAUUUUGAGGAGUCCCUGAGGAGGACGAGAAGUUCGCCACCAGGGUGCUGCGCGACGCGGAGGAGGCCGCCGCGAAGGACGGCAAGCCCGUGCGGGUCGUCUUCUGCACGCAGGAGCCCGCGCACUGGACGGCCGCCCUGAAGAAGCUCCGCGGCCCAGGGGCGAGGUGACGUCACGCCGUGGCUCGCCGGCGGAGUCCCCAUCGCAGAAGAGCAAGCUGCACAGAUUGAUGGGUUCAAAAACGAGCUCUGGGGCCACGCCCGCAUGCAGCAGCACAUCGACCGCCGGAGGUCUGCGCGGAGGUUCCCCGGAGCGGCGCCGGACCGCGCGCGCCCGGGGGGGGGGGGCCGAGGCGCCGCCGCCAUCUGGAGGCUCCGGCGGGGGCCUCGGAGGGGUGAUGGCGGCUGUGGGGCCGUUGCUGCUUUUGCUGUCGGCAGGGUAUGUACCGUCGGGGCGCUAGACAGGGAACCCUUCCCGUUGGGGAGGGGCUCCGUGCUCCUUGGUUGUUUCGCAGCUUGCCUCAGGUUGUCCUCAGGCGGGGCGCUACACAAGGAACCCUUCUCGUUGGGGAGGGGCUCCGUGCUCCUGGAUUGUUUCGCAGCUUGUUCUAAUACAAAUUCUUAUCUAAGACCUCCACCGCACUUAGGGCUCCCUCUGGCAGCGCGCUUCGGCUGUGCAUCGGCGUCUCAGGCGACGCCCCUGGCGCCGGGGGCACGCUGGGCGGUGUGCUGGCCUGCGGCGGCACCCCCGGCGGGAGCAAACGCUGCAGAGCGAAGAACCACAAAAGAGGCGGACGUUGCAGAG